GUUUGUCGUACCUCAGGCAGGAAGAUGCUUUUCAUUCAGCGAGUUCCUUGCAUAGAGGAAGGAGGCGUUAGAGAGAUAUAUUGAAGAAGUGUGUUAUCUAUUAAGCUAACCGAGACAUCGAACGGACUCCUCAAACGUUCCCAAAAGGACUCAUUAAAAAAAAGUCCUUCUGAAGUGCUCUGCCAAGGACUUCGCUCAAAGGGACUCUCCCGUGAUGAGCCGGAGUUCGAAAUUCGACCGACGCGCAGCUCUGCCCGUUCUGCACACGCGGGGGACGCAUUAUGAGGUUGGCUUUGACAUUGGUCGAACAUUCCGAGCAAUAAUCGAGGACUAUUUGGCUGCGAGCAAGCACUCCCACGACGCGCUUCUCAAGCAGUUCAGUGAGGGGGACGGAAAGAUUGCGUAUGACGUAACUUUGGAGAAUCUGAAGACAAACUUCCCCCAAUACAUCAGGGAGCUACAAGGGAUCGCAGAUGGCGCUCGAGUGCCUUUUCAACACCUGAUGGUUCUGCAUCUGGUGACAAGUCUCCGCCCCGGCACGCACGACCUGCUGACUUCUGCCACCAGGCCUAAUCUCGGCUGCACGUCUGUCAGUCUCAACAAGGAUGGGGAGAUCCUGCUCGGCCACACAGAGGACGCGGAGGCCGAGAUGCUGAACCACUUGUACAUCGUCGAGGCCGAGAUCAUCGAGGAGGAGGCUCAGGGGCGCUGGGGCUUCAAGAGGGAGCAUUUCACGGCCUUGUGUUACGCCGGAGAAGUGCCUGGCUUCUGCAUGGGCUACAACCGCCACGGCAUCGCCUUCUCGGUCAAUGUCCUGCGCCCGCGGAGGAUCUUCAGCGGGAAGACGCCGCGCCACUUCCUCUGCCGCGCCCUGCUCGCCGCGGACUCCAUGGCAGCGGCCCGGCGGAUCCUCCAGGACGCGGGCGUGGGCGCUGCCGACGGCUUCUCCGCCAACGUGAUCCACCUGACAAAGGACGGGGGGCGCGCCUUCCACAACUUCGAAGUCGCUCCGGCCAAGGCGGACGGCGGCGAGAGUCAGGUGUCGGUUCACGUGGUGGAGAGAGGCCAGUUCUUCGUCCACACGAAUACUUACCAACACCUCGACGUCGAGGAGCACUCUGGGGCCCUUGUAGUCACCAGCAGCAGCAGCCGACUCGCCCGCGCCAAGGUCCUCCCGCCGCCGACGACCCGCGAACUCCUCGUGGCUCUCCUGUCUGACGACGAAGACCCCGUCCACCCCAUCUUCAGAAGCCAAGACCCGGAUUUCAUCACGACGGCGCUCGGCCUCUUCGACGUCGUGAAGCGAAAGUGGACCUUCUGGCUGCAGAAUCCGAAGGCCGCCCCCCCUCUGUUUUCUCUGCCGAUGACCUUUGACUGGGACGAGUAAAGAAAGGCUGCAGCAGCACCAAGACCCACGCAGGAACUGACCUUACAGCGUGUCUUAUCGUCGGGUGGAGAUUGGAAGAGCUGCCGUCUCGAUAGAUUGAUUAAUUAUUGGUUGAUUUGACUUUUGUUGUGUUUGUCUUUGGGUAAAAAUUUCGGCUUGGGAAUGAUUUUUUUUCUUUGUUUCACUCUCUCCUGUGAGUUAUUGUUUAUAAAUGAGACAAAAAUGAAGAUUUAAAUACCCUGAAAACAAGAUUAGAUGUUUAUUGAAAAGUAGGAAUGUGCAUGUUGGAAAUAGUUUUAACACACACACACACACACACACACACACACACACACACACACACACACACACACACACACACACACACACACACACACACAUACACACACACGCACACACACGCACACACACGCACACACAC